CUCAUUAAUUUGAAGCCCUGUUACGAUGGUUCUUCCCAUGUGGAAGGGAUAGUACGCCACAUCUAUCUCGUGGUCCAGGUCCAUUUUCAUACUCAGCAAUAGGUGCAGUGCCUGUCGCGAUUGAUAUCAAUAUCAUUCCUCGACAUCCACUCCUUCUCAACUCGACUUUAUUGGCAUACGCAGCCCUUAACCUUAUGGUUCGAAAACUGACAUUUGGGCGUGUCUUCUCGAGAUCGAGGGACACCGACCGACCUCCAGCACCCCCUUAUAAUCCACCACCACUUUCCCCGAUCAGCAUCGAUUUGCCUCUCUCCCAAGGCAGCAAGUUCAAGGAGGAAGCUGUUUCUGCCAUUUUCACGGCUACUGCCCCUACAGAGAGUAUUACAGGCUCACUCAGGCCGUAUCCCGGUCCGAAGCUUCAGAAACGACCUCGCAGGGUCAUCACGACUGCACCUCCUACACACCCCAUGUUUUCACAUAAAUUCUCCCCGAUAUCUUCCAUGGCUAGUUCAACGGCUUCAUUUGAGGAUUCGUCUCCACUCUCCACGACUCAACAACAACACAUUCCUUCUGGCGUGACCUCAUUCUGCCCAGCCACGCAUCCUGCUGAGUCUUUCACAGAAGACUACCGUCUCCAGAUCCCACUCCACCAAAACCCCUACCUCACCGUCCUCGAAAAGACAUCUCCUGAACAAUUCAUGCGUUGUCUCCACCUCCUUCGAACGUCUCUCCCUACCAACCUCGAUACGGUGCGUGACAUCAUGCCAAAGCCCAACGGAUUCGUGCAUACGGUGCUUGAGGCAUACAAUAACCAUCGUGCGCUCAUCCUCCGCCCGGACGACGUCUGGACCGCGAUCCUCAUACAGUUCAGCUUCUUCGUGAGCGCAAAUGCCGAGCAACUCAGUGCGCACUUUGCGGCCCACGGUCGGGAGGAACUCAUCAUCAUUAGCGAUGGAAAUCGUGACACGGCAGAUUAUGCACCCAUGGCGCGCCAGAUGUUGGGCCUUAUGCACACACGUGUAGUGGAUCCGAUGCUGAGGGAUUGGAUCAUGCCAGAAUUUUCAACGACGACGGAUGUAGACCGGACGGUGUACGCGAUGUCCAUGAUGGCGACGAUGAAAGAGUAUUUUCGCUACAAGUUUGUACUACGUUGUGGGAUACCGGUUGUGACCCUUCUGGGGGAGAGACAUGACUGGGAAGCAAUCCUUGAACGACUUGAACGACUAAAACUAUACAGCAUAGAAACAAUAGCGUGGUAUCACCUCCUGCACCCCAUCAUUUCUCGAUUCGUAGCCGCCUUCGACGCACCAUCCAGCCCCGAAAACCUCGAUUUCUGGUCCAAAGUCGCGCACUACGAGGGAGGCGGGAGCGGGCCGACCUACCUCUCAGGCUGGAUCACCGCAUUUUGCGUAUUCAAUGAGCAAGGCAUGUGGCAGGGUCCCCCGCUAAAUGCCGAGCGCAUGCGGGAAGACGCGCCAAAGAAACUCCUUCGUCCUGUAGAUCCACGAGUGCUGAGUGCAGCCCAGUUUGCCUCGGUGUACACUUUCCGUGGAGCGUGGCGUCCUUUCCUGGUACUCGACGGGAUGCCGUAUCCAAUCAUCGACGAUGAAUGUGUGCCGUGCGGGUACGCUCAUCUCGAUGUGAAACUGGAUGAUCAUGGACACUUGUUUGAUACGGUGAUUGUUGCUGGUGCAGUUGGCACACAGAUCUGUUCGAAUGAUAAAUCGGAGCUGUUUAAGAAUGGGAUGAGGGACAGUGUAAGGCCAGUGGUAGGGUAUUGGUACUUUAUCACCGGGGCAGGGUGAUUAUAGCGUGGGCUUCUGUGCUGCUCGUACUUGUUCUCUGGUUCUCAGAGCUUUCGUGAUGUCUUGUUUUGGACAGUCCUGAAAACGCGCCCUCCUAGAGAUGUAUCUUAUCUUAUAUGGAUGUCGUUUAUACUCACUUGUUACGAUAUAGGAGAGUGGAUUACUACGCUAUUCCAGGUGUUUCCCUCCCUGCGACGAGAUCCCAAGUUUCUAUGUACGCGCUCGACACCUGUGUGGGGAGACAUUAUAUUAAGUGGAUACUAAUGCACAGAUGGGCCUUGCAUCUCUCGAAUUCAAGUACACAGCCCGGCCCGUUUCUUUCGUUCUCAUAAGACUCACUACACAUUGAAGCAAGCCGGACUCAAAUCAGGAAGUUCUAUGUCCACGCAAUCAUCGACAUCCCGGACCGCGAAAGGCCUCGUGUUUGAUAUCAAAAACGUUUUCAAGUUGCUAAUCCCCAUGUG